GCGGACCAGACGGAGAAUCAUCGGUGCUUGGAGGUCUAUUCGGGUUUUGCGUCGAAUCCAGUGUUUCGGCGACCCCCGGUUGUCGUGCCAUCAUUUCAGUUUCAUGAAGAGUAAGGCAAAGGGAGGCAGUAGGUAAAUUCGAAGACGCGCAUAGCGGGUGGUGCUGGGGUCCAUGUAAACACGACUGCGCUUCUCCAGGAACUGAAUGGACCUCGCUAUCAACUGGAACAAUGUCGUCUUUGAUUGAGUGCGCAAAGCAGGGUGCCUGCGUUUUAUCUCGAAAAAAAAACUAAAACAAGGCAUACUUCGCACCUGGUGUCUUCGCUACGUCGCGAUAGAACCGUGGAUCCUUCAUCUGGAUAUCAUCAAUCUUUGCCUGCUCUGUGUCGAUUGGGGAAUUUUGAAACUCGUGGCCUGGCAGUGGGUGAACAAGUCAAUGUCUCGCGGUCGACUAUUGGGGCAUGUGAAGAUGGCGGCACUGCCAAAGAGAAAGCAACCUGCUUUCUCUGCCGCGCGUGCAAGACUCGGAAAAUGAGUGGAGGGCAUAUCUGAGCGGGGAUGUCCAUUGAAUAUUGAAUAUUUGAAUGGGGGCGCUGGACCAGCAGCUAAGAUGGGAAAUUAGGGCCGUUCACCGCCAUGUCGUGUCUCGACUUGGACAAUCCCGAACUCUAUGUUGAACUUCUUCAUCACUCUUCUCGCGAUCCUGUCGCGAAGACCAAAAGUUGUCCUGAACCAGCGCUGGAGAUGGACGAUCUACGGAAGAGAGUCAGAACCUUCGUCGACGUCCUGGCGAACGGGAUAACGAAAUACCCCUGGAAUCCUGUGGCAGCUCGCACCCAAAUUGAAAAAGAGGAACUCCAUGUUCACAUCUACUACACAUUCAACGAUACAACUUCGGACGAAUACAUCCUUUCGAAUACCAGCGCACAUCUCUCCUAUCUUCUCGAUGAACUACGUUCUGCGGCGCUGCCCGUAAUCCAAGAGUCCCCACCUCCUUAUAAAAUAGACUAUCGCCUCCUACAAACCCUUUCCUGGCGCGUUCACCGAUUCUGCUUGGACACGUUCAUUCAUCGCGUUCAGAAAAGCCAGAAGAAAUUUUACCUGCCGGCAACUGUGGAUCGCCUCUAUGAAAUGAGGGGUGAUCUCGACAUCGCGAUGGGAGGGAAAUGCGUUAAAAGAUUAUCUGCUCAUGUGCUCAGUGCUCGGGGAAGUGGAAAAACUCGUGCUGCUAGGGUCCCGCACCCUACAUCAGUCAGAAAAGGGGAUCUGUCGAGGAGGGAUGCACCACUCCCUAGAGACUCCCGACUCGUGCCUACAUCGCUCACCGGAUAUUGGAAAGGAGACGUGAACCGUACGUCUCCAAUACCGACGUCCUCGAACUAA